CCGCGCGCCACCGGGAACCGAGCAGGAACCGAACGAGCGCCGCUGGGCAUCGCGGCGGGCACUAAGCAUCAUGCACCCGGUUCCGGACACCACACCGGCUACCGGGACCGGCAACCGGACAGCAGUGCCACCGGCAAGACAUCAUAUGACAACGUGUGCUGGGUGGUGGAUAUGAGAGCCAUGGCACGGCUCUUUGGCUACGUGGAUGUGACCGACUCUGGCUUCAUUGCAGCUGUCCUCUCCAUCGCCUUCAACCCGUUCUUCUGGAAUGUGGUAGCCAGGUGGGAGCACAGAACGCGAGCACUCAGCCGACUCUUCGGCUCUCCACAUGCUGCCUGCUACUGCCUGGGCAUCGUCAUCCUGAUACUUAACUGCGUGCGGAGCCAUUGCUUCACAGAAGCCAUGAAGAGCCAGCCAAAGCUGGAGGGCUUGGACUGCAACUGGGCCUAUUACUCAGGCUUGGCCAUCUUGGCUGUAGGGUCCUUGUUUGUCAUCUCCAGCUUCUUAGCGCUAGGAUUCAUCGGAACAUUCCUGGGUGAUUACUUUGGCAUCUUGAUGGAGGCAAAAGUGACCAGCUUCCCCUUCAACGUGCUGGAUAAUCCCAUGUACUGGGGCAGCACUGCUGUCUACUUGGGCUGGUCCCUCUUGCAUGCGAGCCCAGCUGGCCUGCUGCUGACAGCUGUAGUGGCAAUUUCCUACACAAUCGCGAUGCUGUACGAGGGGCCUUUCACAGAGGAAAUAUAUCGGCAGAAACAGAAGGGAGCAAAGACCAAGUAGCAACAGCAGUGUCUCGGAUACCUCGGCACGGUGUGCCUCUGUGGUACUCACACUGUCCAAUUUGCCUGUUAUCCUACUGAGAUGUGUCCCACUAAUUAGCCCAGCAACCCUUAAUGAGCCCACUGAGCACCCUGCAGUACUGGAAGCCAUCAGAGGAACAGCCUGAGCACGGCAGCACCUCCUCACUGCAGCCCGCGGGAGCUGGAGGUCCCUGUCCCCAGGUCUCUGUCUCCAUCGAUGGAUCACUGCAGCUCCUGCCACAAAGGCAGUGCUCUCCCAGGAGCCACAUGGUGUGGGACGACCUGACCUCUCCUCCUACACAUUGGAGAUCUGCAGGGCAAAAAGGAACCCAGCUCUAGCCCUGGACUGGAAAGCAAGCAGAGUAACAAUGGAAGCACCAGGGCCUUCUGUAAGCAAGCUCUGAGCAUGAGUAAGCUCCAGCUCCAUCUGAUCCUGAAGAUCAUCCAAAGAUGCUGUGGAAGAGCCUCAGGAAGCAAGCAAUAAAGAACAUUUUGGAACUCCUGGGACAUUCAGAAAGCUGGAGAAGGAAGAAGUGAAACUGCUGCAACCCCAGAGACAAAUCCUCUCUUUUCUGGGAGAGAGAAACCUGCCUGUCUAGCACUGCCAUUUUCCACCCAUGCAGAGCCCCGUAGUAUCUCCACCCCAGUUGAAAAGGCCCCAAGAAAGGUCAUUGAAAAGCACUUAGACAUAAAUGUAUGACCUGAACCACUGUUCAAGGGGGGUGGAGGGAUGGUAGUUGUCUCAUGGGGAAGCCCCAUCAUGGAGAUGACCAAGAGGAAGAGUCAAUUCCUAUCCAGACCCUGCAGGUAUCCCAUCCCUGGUCCCCUCUGCACACACCCAGCCCCUUCUUUUCCCCAGGGACACGUGUGGGUCCUGCCCACCUUCCCUAUCACCCAGUCAGUGCCUUCCAGCUAUUUUCACUGCCUUGAAGGGGCAGUGGGUGGGAAGGAGGGAAAGGGCAGCCCCUGCCUUCUGCAGCAGGCAGCAGACAAGUACAGAUCAUCCCUUCCACCCCUGCCACCAGCCUUGACAAGUCUCAUAGAGGCCAGUGCUGGAUCCUGCCCUGAAAAAGAAGCUCCCAGAGGGUGAUGCUCUAGACCUAGGCUCAGUGUUUGCAGGUUCCCAGAGCAGUUUGAGAAAUAAGCUGUAAACAAUCAAACAAAAAUCAACAUAAAGCCUCCGUCAGCGGCGCUGGAGAAGGGAACUGCUUUGCUGCCAGCUCCUGUGCUGGCAUCAGGAUGCGGUACCACAUCUGAGCAUCACAUAGUCCCCUCUGCAGAGGAUCCCUUUUCUCACUGUCACCUCCAGGAAAGAGUUUGAUUCCCUUUUGCUUUUGCACGUUGUAAUUCACCCUUCGGGCAUCGCUCAGCAGGAAUUAAAAGUUGGUUUCUUUUCA